ACAAAGAGCUCCAGACCGGAAGUAUGGGGAAGAAGCUACUUUCGUGCUUCCGGUCUAGUAAUCCACUUGUUGAUGGAGAGUGAGACGAUUGUUCAUUUAAAGUGUAACGGAGCUGUUUAUUAAAACAGUUCAAGCAGUUUAUUGAACCAGCAGCUAGUUUGUUGUAGCGCAAGGGCCAUGUUUGGAUUGAAGGAAGCCAGUUUCCUCGGCUUCUCCGUGGCUCUGGCUGGGGGACUGGCCUAUGUCGUGUGGAACUACGCGUUCGUCACUCGGGAGUCCGGUGAACGUCGCCCAGAAGAUGACAAUGCAGAGGGCCGAAAGAGGCUUAGUCCUGGAGAACAAAAGUCGAAGAAAGAGGAAAGCGGGGAUAACGUCGAGCAAAGUAUCGUCGUUGACCGCGUUGCGCCUGCUUGCACAAGCGAGAGAGAGCAGAAAGUACCCGAGCAAUCAAAGUCGGUGAAGCCAGAGGGGACCCAAGUGCUGGUUCUGGGUCUGGAGGGAGCAGGCAAAUCCAGUCUGCUGUACUCUAUGGCUAUCGGCAGUCUGGACACUGCCAUGGAGCCCACGGCAGGCUUGAACGCCGUCUCUAUUAACAGAGAAGACCUGCGCAUUGAGUUCCUUGAGAUUGGCGGCAGUGUGGCGCUGAGGCCUUACUGGUCCAAGUACAUUUCCAGGGCUCUGCUGCUGGUCUUUGUGGUGGACUCUGCAGCGCCACAGCUUUUCACUGAAGCCAAAGCACAAUUGCACUCACUGCUUGAAUCUUACCCCUGCCUGCCUUUAAUGGUACUGGCCAACAAGCAGGCCAAGCUGUCCACUUUGCCUUGAAAAAAAGAAAGAGCGAGCUCCUCCCCGCUAGCCCUCCCCUCCUCCUGCUGCUUUUGUUUAUGGCACACGAGGAUCAUUGCUAUCGAGGAAAUACAAAAGCUUAAGGAGGCGGCUUCAACGUCGUACAGAUCCGCUGUACAAUGAGUGGCAAAUUAAGAGCGGUGUACUUCAAACUCUUCCUGUUUAUGAAAGUUGAUUGUCAUAUGCUGGUGUUGUGCAGUAAUGAGCAGACGUGACUUGUGUGUGUGGGGCGUUUGUUAACUGUUUUAAUGCUCCGACAACCCUCGCGCACACACUAGAUAUCAUCAAAUAGCAACCUAGAUGUGCUUAGUUAGAUCCCAUGCCAUUGGCUGCGUAAGCCCAGAGGGAUCAUUGGACCCGUAGUCCAUACACUACAUUGAUGAAUUAAAAACCACCCUGAAUGAAUGGAAGCUAAGCAGGCCAAAUCAAUCUAUACCAGUGACUAUAGAUAAUGCUGCAAAUAAUGUUAAUUCAGUACACAUACACAUGACACAGAUGAACUCGGACCACAGAUAGGAUAUUUUUCUCAUGUGGUAAACCUAGCUGCUAAGAGCUGUAGCAAUCAACAGUGUGCUCCGCCUCACUUUACAAACAGUAAAGAUUGUUCUCAGCACUUUUAUAUAAAAAAAAAAAUCAGUAAGAAGUAAGCACAUAAAUAGUAUGCACUAAAAUGCAUGUUAAUAUGAUGGAAUUGUUAUUUUUGCUUGUUAACAAAAUAAAAAAAAAACAUGUAUUUUUUGUUUCAGAGCAUUAAAUGUUCGAAUCGCAAAUCGUGUCUCGUAUCAAAAAUUGUACUGAACCGUGACUUAACUGUAUCGGUGCAUCCCUAAUAUUAAUAUACCGUAUUGGCCCGAAUAUAAGACGACCCCGAUUAUAAGACGACCCCCUCUUUUUCAAGACUCAAGUUUGAAAAAAGACUUUUUGAACACCAAAUUAAUUUUUAUACAGAAACGACCACGGAAAGCUUUUCUCUGACUGUGAGCAUUUUUUAGGCGAUCUUUUUGAGCUCUCCAUCUCCGUACAUUACACUCUGUGACACCAUAUUUCACAGCCGCUUUGCAGUUGUUUGAAGACACCGCCUCAUUUAUCACCAUCAACUUGAAGUUUGCGUCAUAACUUCUCCUCAGCUGCCGGUGUUCUGCCAAAAUGUCCUACAUCGGCGAAACGUCCUACAUUAGUCGAAUUUGACACCUAAAUUACUACCGUGCGCUCUAAACUUGUUUUGUUUAGAUGCAUACAGGAAUAACGUACUAAAGAAAUGCCUGCAGAAAAUACUUAAAUGUAGUUAUGUCAGAUAAGGACGGUUUAAAUAUGCUACGUGACUAAUGUGGUCAACUGCUUCAAAGCUAACACAAAAAAACACAAUGGUUAAAAGUAUGAGAGGGUAAUACAUGCAAAAAGUAUCUUUGAGGCUGUGAAAAGGUUCUAAAUAACUAAAUAAAAACAAAAAUAGUGAGUACUCGCCGCUUCCAACCGAUGUGCGCAUGCGUGUGAAUGCAUAUGCAAGCGCCCUGAGCAUUGUGUAGGACGUUUCGCCGCGUAGUAAGGAAUGGCCAAACACCGGUUAACCUGGCCAAUCUUCGACCCACUUUUCUCCAAAUUGUCGCGAAGUUUCUCCAUUUUCGGUUAUCUCUUCUAUUACCGGUAUUUUCUUCUCUUUUCCUUCUUACCACUUUCUUCUUCGUGUCAGGGGUUCGCUUUGGCCGCCCGAGUCGCGUUCAGCAUUCGAUUCAUUGAUGACUGGCGCCAUCAAGCGUCGUGAAUGGGUACAUGUCUAGGCCGCAGUUUUUUUUUUUUUUUUUUUUUUUUAGGCCGCAGUUAUAAGACGACCUCCUCUUUUUCAAUCUUAUUUCAGUGCAAAAAACAUCGUCUUAUAUUCGGGCCAAUACGGUAUAUAUAUAUGUACAUGUAUAUAUUUUUAAUUGUUUCUUAGUGUUGUUUAGAAUUAUAGAGUUUAUAUACAGUAAGUUUAGAUUCUAUGAUUAAUUUUAUUGACUUGAGCGUCCAUCUUUAAUUACCUUUAUCUGAAAACAUUGAUUUUUUUUUUUUUCCCAAACGUGGCUUUUAAAAUAAUCCAAUCACAGCUUUUAGCAACGGCGUCAACCACACCUCCUACCAAGAUUGGAAUUUCUGUCCAUUCAUUACUCAACAGUUCAGUGAGAAUGUUCUGGAAUCACUACUAACUUUUAGGUUCCAUGCCUGCCAUUGAAAACGAUAAGGCCAUUGAAAACGAUAAGCAGUCAAUUAAUUUAAACUGGGAGGACUGGCUGUGAAUGCUCAUCUUUCAAUGCCUUUGAUGGCAAUAGACGUCCAAUCCAUUUUGACUGGGAGGGUUGAAUUCUCCCUUUUCAGUCAAAAUGGCUUGGACAUCUAGCGCUGCCAUUAGUCCAGCGAGUUAAGUAGGAAUACAGGCCCAGAUGGGCACCAACAAGUGUGGUCUUUCAGGACCUUCCGGGCGCAUGCGGCAUCACCGAUCUGCACGAUGCGCUGGCGCUUUCCGAAUUGGGCGCCCGAAAGUUGUUCCUCAUCGGUACGUGCGUUAAGAAGGGCGAAGCUGAACUGAGCGCCGGUGUGAUGGAUGCUCGAGAACUCAUCGU